GAUGCGAGAUCGUGUAUGAAUGUGGUGAGCUGUGUUUCACAGGAUCUGGAGGAUCUUAAAAGCCAUGAUAUUGUGAUUCGUCGGCUGCCUCCAAGUCUUACUCCUGAGUCUCUUCUCGAGCAAAUCUCCCCACUCACCGAACAUGACUUUUACUUCGUCAAGGCUGAUAUGAGCCUAGGUGUCAAUGCCUUCUCGAGAGCAUACCUGAAUUUUCACAACCAUGAAGAUGUAUACAACUUUCGGGAUCGCUUUGACGAUUACAUUUUCGUGGACAGUAAAGGAAACGAGUACCCAGCUUUGGUCGAGUUCUCACCAUUCCAGAAAGUUCCAAAGAGAAAGUCAAAGAAAACUGACACGAAGAAAGGCACCAUAGAACAAGAUUCGGACUAUCUCAAAUUUGUGGAGAGUUUGGAGAACCCUGAGGAGGAGGAAGUUGUUUCCAUUGAAACCUACCUUGAGACACUGGAGAAUAGAGAUAAAGCAAUGAAAGCAAAUCAUGGAAAUCCACACCUGUCAACACCUUUGAUAGAGUUCCUGAAGAAACGCAGAGAGGAGAAGAAAGCUGUUAUACUGAAAAUAAGAGAAGAGAGGAAGAAACGGGAACAGGAACGUAGAAAGGUGAGAGAGGACGAAAAGAAAAGAAGGAAAGAUAAAGAGCGUGAACGAGAAAGACUGAAGGAUAAAGAUCCAGUGAAGGAGAAGGAAAGAGCUGAUAAAGAUAAAAGUAGUAAAGACCAGCCCAUCAAGGUUCUUCUGAAAAACCCGGAGAGAGACAAGGAGAGUGAUAAAGACAAGCCACAUGAUGUCAAGCCAAAGGACACAGCUUUCCGGCCGAGAGAGGAAAAAUCUUCCGACUCCAAAACUAAGGACAGGGAGAAGCUUAGGUUCUCUAAGGAAAACCGAGAACGACAGCGAGACCAGAAGAAUGAGAAAUCUGCCUCAGAACGACCCCGAUCAGCCCGGGACACUCGUCUAGGGGAUAGAGGGAAGUCUGGGAAGGACGACUACAGGUCUGACAGAAAGGAUGAUGACAGAAGUAGGGGAGGAAACUCUAGAGGGGGCUCUGAUCGUCCGAGGUCGGGAAAGGAUGAGUCACGACAGCACGACCGAUAUAAGUCUGGACGAGACAGAGACUAUGACCGUGAUGGUGAUCGGGACUACGAUAGAAUCAGAGAUCGAGAUUAUGAUAGAAAUAAAGACCGGGAUUAUGAUCGAAACAGGGACAGAGAUUAUGACAGGAAUCGAGAUCGGGGAUACGACAAGAGAGAUGUGGACUCUGAUAGAAGAGAAACCUCUGCUCGUACAAGGAAGGAGCCGACCAGCCACAAGUAUGACAAACCUAAAGGAAAGGGGGACACCAAACCACACACAGACAAUAAAUCUCAUGUGGACAACAAACCUUCAGGUGAAACAAGAUCUCAAGAUGACUCGAAAACUGGAGGAGCAAGGACAGCAGACAGCAAAGCUAAGAAUGCCAAGUCACCUGGAGACACACAGACAGACAGGAAAACUGAGGAUGGUAACUCGGAUACAGACAAGAGGUCAGGCAGUGCUUCUGGGAAUAGGGAGAAAACUGACCAAUCAAAAUCAAGCAAAUCUACCAAACAAACAAACUCUGAACCUGCUAGUCAAUCAGAUGGGUCAGGGUUGGAGGAUGGUGAUGUGAAUUUGAAAAGUUCAGGGAAGGGGGAUGGUGACAGAAAAUUAGAGGCAUCAGGGAAGGUGGAUGGUGACAGAAAAUUACAGGCUUCAGGGAAGGAGGAUGGUGACAGAAAAUUAGAGGCUUCAGGGAAGGAGGAUGGUGACAGAAAAUUAGAGGCUUCAGCGAAGGAGGAUGGUGACAGAAAAUUAGAGGCUUCAGCGAACGAGGAUGGUGACAGAAAAUUAGGGGCUUCAGCGAAUGAAGAUUGUAAUAAGAAGGAGGAGACUCCUGAAAAGGAAGAUGGUGAUAAAAAUUUGGAGAAUUCUAGGAGAGGAAGCGACAGUAAAUUGGAGGCUUCAGGAAAGGAGGACGGGAGAAAGUUGGAGAGGGCAGACUCAGGUGAUGGAGACAAGGAUGACAAGAGGCGAAAAAGACGGGAACGACCUGAGAGGGCCAUCUACAACCCCAGAAAAGCCUUUGAGAAACGGCAACAGGGAAUAAAACCAUCAACGGGAGGUAAUCCGUCAGAAAAGAGUGCUGAUAAGUGUUCAGAUGACAAAGGUCAGAAAGACCAUGUGAAACCUGAGGCAGAUGAUGAGGGUUCAGUGGAAUGAAAUUCAGUGUUCAACAGGAUUGACAUCUGGUGGUCGAGGGAAUAAAUUAGUCAGGUGGUCAUCAGUAUUGCAAUCUGGUUGUCGCGGGAAUAAAUAAGGUGGUCAUCAGGAUUGAACUGUGGUGGUCAGUGUGAUUGACCAUGCAGCAUGUUCGUACAUUGUGAUUCUAAAACGCCAAAAUUAGUGCUUAGUUUGGGGAAUUAUGUUAUCACAAUGAAACGCAAAUUAUUGAAGAUUUUCUUGAUGAAAUUUUAUGUAAUAUAAUGCUGCUACAUGUACAUGUAUUGCUAAAUUAAAUUGGCUUUAAAAUUGAAACUUCAUUCUUUUUAUUCCGCUUAAUUGCAGGGUUUUAUGACCACCAAGGAAAACAUUUUCAAUGGGAAGCAAUGUUUUGUUUGAUUUUCCAAAUUUACAUACUUAGUUGUAUAUAAUACUAGAUGCCAACUAUGUCAUCAAGGAAAAUUCAAUUCAGUUGACACAAAGAUAUUUCAGGGGGCAGACCUAAGGGUAAAAUGAGAACAUUAGCACUCUCAGGACCUCGGUUCUGACUCAAUUCUACACCCUCCGGUAGGACAACCAUGUCCUACAU